AUGGCACCACCACAAUCAUCACCGCCGCCACCCACCAUCAAAAGAAACACUAGCGACGGCGGAACCAUAAUCCUAAACAAAUACCAACUGACUCGUCUUUUAGGCCGUGGCAGUUUCGCCAAAGUUUACCUCGGCCGGUCACUCACCGACGACACAACUUCCGUCGCCGUCAAAGUCAUCGAAAAACCCGCCACCGCGGAUCCGUCAAUGGAGCCACGUUUAGUCCGUGAAGUCAGAGCCAUGCGCCGCCUUAACCACCCAAACAUCCUUAAACUCCACGAAGUGUUGGCGACAAAAUCAAAGAUUUAUUUAGUGAUGGAAUUAGCCGCCGGCGGCGAGCUUUUCACGCAAUUAACUCGCCGUGGAAGAAUGAAAGAAGCCACCGGGAGAUUUUACUUCCAACAGCUUGUUUCGGCGUUACAUUUUUGUCAUCAAAACGGCGUCGCUCACCGUGAUUUAAAACCGCAAAAUCUUUUACUCGAUAAAAACGGUAAUCUUAAAAUAUCGGAUUUUGGUUUUUCGGCUUUACCCGAAUCCAAAAAAGACGGGUUGUUACAUACCGCGUGUGGAACUCCGGCAUUUACGGCGCCGGAGAUCCUUCGUGGCAAAGGAUACGACGGAUCUCAGGCGGAUGCUUGGUCAUGUGGGGUAAUUUUAUUUAACCUUUUAGCUGGUUAUUUACCGUUUGAUGACAGUAAUAUUCCGAAUAUGAUAAGAAAAAUCUACCAACGUGAAGUGGUGUACCCGGAUUGGAUAGGAAAAAACCCGAGGGCAAUAAUUCAAAAAUUACUUGACCCGAAUCCGAAAACAAGAAUGACUAUUGAGAGUUUGAUGCGUCUUUCUUGGUUUAAAAAAUCUUUAAAAAUGCCAAAUGUUGUUGUUGAACAAUUAGGAGAAGAGGAUUUUGGUUUCCUAAAGUCGUGUAAAAAGACGAUGAACGCGUUCGAUAUAAUAUCGAUGUCGUCGGGGCUUAAUUUAUCUGGUAUUUUUGAAGAAAAGUUGAUGAAGAAAGAAAGGAGGUUUACUACAAGGGCAAAAUUGGAAGAGAUUAAGAAAUUGGUAGCGGAAGUUGGGGAGAGAUUAGGGUAUAGAGUGAAGAAAUCAUCAUCAUUAUUAUGUAAGAAAAUUAAUAAUAAAGAGAGUGUAAUUAGUAGUGGUGGUAAUAAUGAGUGUUGUGAUUAUAAAGAUGAGAAUAAUGAUGAUGAUAUGGUUGGGUUAGUGAAAGGAAGGGUGGUUGUUUUUGCGAAAGUGAUGGAGGUGGUGCCGGAGUUGUUGUUGGUGGAGAUGACGGUGGUCGAUGGUGGAGGAAUUAGUGAGGUUGAAUGGGAUGAGUUGAAAGUUGGUUUUCAAGAUAUUGUUUUAUCAUGGCAUAGUGAUGUACAGUGAACCACCUUUUUUUAUAAUUAGUUAUUUUGUAAUAUAUACUCUAGUAUAUAAACUAAUCAAUGGUUAAAGUUAAGUUGUUGUUGCCUU